CUAGGCUAUAUAAACAUGUUUGUAGAGCUACAAGACUCAACUGAUCGCUUUAACACUUUUCACUGUGCAAUGGGAAUGGAAGGCUAUCCGAAACCAGCAUCCAGUGCUAGCCUAGAGAGGCUCACAAAGUCGCUAUUUGCAGCCGUUAAUACGGAGUCAGAUCACAAUGAAGAUGUGAAACCUCCCUACUCUUAUGUUGCUCUCAUAGCCAUGUCCAUAGCAAAGUCACCAGACAAAAGGCUCACACUGAGUGGCAUCUACCAGUACAUCAUGGACAACUUCCCCUACUAUGCCAAGAACAAGAAAGGAUGGCAGAACUCCAUUCGUCACAAUCUCUCGCUCAACGAGUGCUUUGUGAAAGUGCCAAAGGAGGGAGGCGAUCGCAAGGGAAACUACUGGACCCUCGACGAAAGCUGCGAGGAAAUGUUUGAGAAGGGAAAUUUCAAGCGUCGCAAGAGAAUGAAGAGACCUACAAAGCCUCUAAACGAACCAAAGAAAGCAAUCUAUUUCACCACUGGCAAUCCAAGUGCAGGUUUCUACGAGGAUCAAGUUGGCUAUCAUCCGUACGCUGCACCAGCCUACCCACCUGCUCACUAUAGCCCUGCAGUGACACCGUUCAGUUGGUCCUCUGCAAGCACAAUGAAGAACAGUCCACCAUCCACACCCCUCAGCAAUAUGUGCAUGGACACUAUACCGUACAGCAGACCUUACUCCGGCUCACUGCAGAGUUACAACUUUGGAGGGUCGACACAGACCUCGCAAUGCUCUUUCCCUGGUCAAAGUUUUGGAAUGUACGGGAGUGCUACUUAUCUGUCCAGUCCUGGACUGGGAUUAGGCUCAUCUCCAGGUGGCUACCCCGCUUACAACUAUGGUGGUAUGAUGGAUGCAAAGGCAAUGUAAAGAACUCCUAUCACUCAAUUUUUUAAUUUUCAAUACAGGUUGGUGCAUUGUAAAUCAUUCCUCUCAUGUAUACUGUUGCAAACAGUGUCACUUAUCCAGUGCUUUUUUUGCUAGUCAAGGAUUUUGUAACCCACUCACUCAUUCACCAUGGCAACUUAACAGUCACCUCAUAUCUAUGUGUAUACAUCACCCGCUCAUAUUUCAACUUUCAUAACUACCCACUGUUUUAUGAGAACAACAUUCACCAACAAAUCAUUUUGCUGGUGUAUUUUUUAACAUCGAUUUUCACAAAAAAAUUCAACAAUUGAAA